GGCCCGACGCGCAGGCCCCUUUAAGAGCGCUGGGGGCGGGGCUGCUUUGCAGACGUGGCGGCCGCGACAGGCCGCCCCGCGCGGAAGGCGCUGAUGAAGGCGGCCGCCCGGCGCCAUUGCCAUGAAGAGUUCCUGGGGGAGCGGCAGAGGCUUCCCGAGAGAAUGGCCGGGAGGAGCCAGCCCCCAGCCGGAGCCCUGCCCGCCGCGGGCAGCAGCCGAGCCUAUCCGUUUGGAAACGGUCUCCAGGCGGACAGCGAGGCGCAGGAGGAGGACGGGGAAGUGUCCGAGCUGCGCCCAAGAGGGAGGGAGAAGGUCCGACGAAGUACCUCGCGAGACCGGCUGGAUGAUAUUGUGCUACUAACGAAGGACAUCCAGGAAGGCGAGACUUUAAACGCGAUAGCGCUGCAGUAUUGUUGCUCGGUUGCAGACAUUAAGAGGGUUAAUAAUCUUAUCACUGACCAGGAUUUUUUUGCUCUGAGAUCUAUCAAAAUUCCAGUGAAGAAGUUCAGUGUAUUGACUGAAACGCAUUGCUCUCCAAAAGGCAAGCAAGUUUCAAGACCUUUAUCAUCUACUCAGUUUUCCCCAGAAUCCCAAGGAACAUCACCAGCUUCUGAUUCAUUUUCCUGUAAUGAGACUGUAGGCAGCUUCUUGAAAGAAGUGGAUCGCGAUAUAGAACAAAUAGUAAAGUGCAAUGAUACAAAAAGAGAGAAUCUUAAUGAAGUUGUUUCUGCCUUAUCCGCACAGCAGAUAUGCUUUGAACCUGAUGCUAAAACCAAAAAGCGGAAAGAUCCCUAUUACGGAGCAGACUGGGGCAUAGGAUGGUGGACAGCAGUGGUGAUAAUGUUGGUGAUUGGCAUAAUAACUCCAGUUUUUUAUCUCUUAUAUUAUGAGGUUUUAGUGAAAGUGGACGUUAGUCACCAUUCUACAAUGGAAUCUGCCCACUCACUAGUCACAGCACCAUCACAACAAAAACAAAUUGAAAAUGGAAUAAAUCCAGCAAACAUCAUGAAUGUUGAGAGUGAGGAGGAACUUCAGCAUUACAAUGGAAAGUCCCAGGAGACUGUUGUUCAUAGACAUCUAACAUAACUUUCACAUGAAGAGAAAAACAGUAUAGAAUGCGAAAUGCAUCUGGAAUGCAAAGAAUAGAUAUUACUGAUGUAUACAUUCCUUCUUUUUGGACAGUAUUAAAGUACAAGGAUGCUUUGCUUCCUUUAUUUAAAUAGUUGUGGGAACCUGAUAUAUUUACAUAGGAGAUGAUCCUUCUGUGGGUCAUUUAAACUGUCAAGCAUGUUGACAGAUGACAUUACCAGAUUUAAUGUGAGAUUGUCAUGGUAUAAAUGUGUAUGUAAACAGGUAUUUUUGAAAGGCUUUGCACUUUUUUCUAUUUAAAUAUAACCUGUUUUGUUUUUAAUUAAUGAUUGCUGUUAAGGUGCAGUUCUGACAAACAUGAGAUAAAUGAGUACAGUUGAUUAUAAUUUGCUAUGUGAAAGCAUCUGCUUCAGCAUGUUUAAUUUUAAAAAUAAAUAUUGUUUCAUGCUUUAUUUAUAAUAUAUUUAAUGGUACAUGCUACAUGGGCUAUCUUAAUAUCCCAGUUUACGGCUAUCAACUGAAGAGAUCUACUUCCCACUUCAUAAUAUAUACCACUGAAUACAUAUUUAGUGUAUGGCUGGUGUAAAUUCUGUGUGUAAAACCUUUUCCAUAUAUAAAGUUCAAACUACUUUUUUCCUUAGAUCAGUGUGAGACUUUCUGAAAGGAAAAUGAAUAUAUAGGGCUGAGAGCUACUGUUGACUAAGUAGAAAGAUGUACUAAAUUAAGCUUCGUUGACUGAUAGGGCAGUGCUUAUGUUGAACUUUUUUUGCACUAUAACUACUGCCUUAUAUAAUAGACAUCAAGUGGUGAGAUUGCAAAGACAUUUAAUAGAAGUUUGUGACCUUUUCACAAUCAGUGCAUAACCAAACAGUUUAUUAAAUUCCUCCUUUUUGAGUAUAAGCAAAUUUACUUUACUACAAGUAAGGCCCAAAGUUCAGACUGGGUCUCAUUUUCUGCUGCAAUCCAGUCAAUAGGCUCAUAAGCCAUCUUUUUAAAUGUACUUCAGAAGCUUGCUUGAGGUCACUUUGUGUAUAAGUGAGCUAUGCUCUGAUGCCUAAACACAAUCCAGUUGUUGAGACAGAAGUCCUUGUCCUGUGUAAUAAUUAGCUGCUUAAAUUUGAAUAAUUAGAAAUUGGCUAAAUAACAUGUAUGAGAAAACAAUCCAA